UCCGUGAUAUUAAUAUAUAAAAUAUAUAAUAGAAUAUAACAUUAUUAUAAUUUAUAAUGUAACAUUGAAAUAUAUUUAAUAUUAAUACGAUAGAAAUAGAUCCACGAUAAAGGAAGAUGGACUUCCCUAUGUAGUCUUAUUAGUUUUUCAUUGUGUAUAACAUAAAUGAAUAUUAGGUGAAGUCCAGAAUUCACUGUUUAAGAAGUUUGCUUAUGUAUUUCAAAUCAUCGUGGCGGACGGCGGUUAGUGGUUUCUCCGAUUGUUUUUUAUUAUUUCAUUUUUUUUACAACCAGUCGUUUUAGUAAGAAAAGUAUAUGUGCGUUAUAGGUAUACGGUCUUUAUUUGUCGAGUGAUUAUGGACAUUUCCAAAGGAUGCAGUUGUAGCUGCUGCGACCAAUGCAUGCGACACCCGACGUUCCAUACAAUUCAAAAACUUUGCGACAUCAACGCGUGCUUAGAUGGCUUAACUACACUAGAUAUAAGCUCCAGUAGUAUCCGUGAAGUACCUGAUUUUAUCGGGAAUCUUGUGAACCUAGUUAAACUUGAUUUAUCGUCAAAUGAAUUGAAAACGCUUCCAUUGUCACUCGUUAAAUGUCAAUGUUUAACAGAUCUCAUUUUGUCGCACAAUACUUUUUCGCAAAUUCCACAAUGUCUGAUCGAUGGAAUGCACUCUUUGAAAACACUCGAUUUAUCUCACAACCAGCUCUUGGAUAUCAGCAUAAAACCGUUUUGUAUUCAACAGUUGCUAACACUAAAUAUCAGUAACAAUUCAAAACUGAGUACAUUUCCACAAUGGUUAUGGUCCAAUGAAUGUAGUUCACUAGAGUCAUUGGAUAUAUCGUUUACAAAGUGUCUAGACAACAUUGAAGUGGAUCCUUAUCUGUACAUGUAUGGUAUUAGUAAUCAUCUGAAAUAUUUGUAUUUAUCCAAUACAAAUUCUGAUGUUAGGAAAUUAAAUUUUAUCAAACAUUUAAAAAAUCUAAGAAAUGUUGUUUUGGAUAACAAAGAUACAAUGAUCAAAAAUUGUCGUAAUUACUACUGUGAUGUACCACUAGUGUUUAAUUAUCGAUUUAAACAUGUUGAUUCUUUAAGUAUGAUAAAUGUUAAUUUAUCAACCAUUGGAAGUCGUGUUUAUUUCAGUUUCCCAUGUAUGCGGUUUUUGAAUUUAUCGAAUAAUUCUAUUGUAUUAUUACCAAACUCAUUAAGUGAAUUGACAAACUUAGAAGUCUGUGAUUUUUCAAAUAAUCAGAUUUUAACAAUUCCUGAAAGUUUUAAAAGCUUAAAAAAUUUGAAACGUUUGAUAUUAAAUAAUAAUUGGUUAUCAACAUUCCCAGAAAUUAUUGAAGAUCUAUUAAACCUUGAAAUGUUGGAUUUAUAUGCUAAUAAAUUAGCUAUAUGUCCAUCUUGGAACUUAAACUCCAAUAUAAAAUUACUCGAUCUAGAACAAAAUCUAUUUUCUACUGAAACUGAUAUUGAUAUAAACAUUUAUGCCAAUUAUUCAAAGUUAUUAAAAAAUCUGCGUUCAUCAAUUACCGAAGAUCGUGUUAUAGGACAUUUAUGUUUUGAAGAACCUAAUGAUACAGAAUCUGAAACAGAUGGAUCAAGUAGCCAUUGGUCAGAAUGCAGUAAUCAUGAGUUAAUAAAUAUAAGAGAAUCCCAAGAUAAUACUCAUUUUAAACCAGAAGAAAGCUGGGACUGUGACAUCUAUGAACUUACAACUGAUGUGUUCGAUCCAAAAAGUUUUGAAUUGAAUUUAAUGAACGAAUUAAAAACAUUAGAAAAAUUAUUAAAUGUUGAUGAAAAAAAAAAUGCCCGUAACGUGCGUUUAGGUAAUGAACAUUAUUUUUGUCCAGGCGAUGAACUUCCUAAAUCUUCAAUUACAAUAUAGUUGUUAAAUGUAAUUUAUAAGUGUUUAUUUUCAGUGUAAUCCAUUUAAUCUAAUCAUGCACAUGUUUAAUGAAACCAUUUUAAAGUUUGUUAAAGCUUAUAAUAAAAAAAUUGUUGAUAGUUCACCAUUUCAAUUAAAUUUAUUAAAUUGUAAUAUAAUACAUAUUUUACUAAAUCUAUAGGCAACCAAGGCUAUAAUAAUAAGCCUACGAAUAACAUUUAUUUGUAUAAAUAAAAAAAUUACAGAAACUUUA